CAUGAAUAAUAAACAGGCACCUGCCAUAUUGGUCUUGGAGUCGUGUGCCAUAUUUCUCGUUCAAAACAUGCCUGUUUCAAACUGAAUAGGAUCUUACGUUUACCCUUUUCUUUUAAGAAUGUGGAACUGAAGCUAUGAAAGAAGUCAGCCGUGUGUUGUUCCUGGCGGCUUUGGCCGUUUUGGGGCAGAAAACCAGCUUUGGGUUGGGUGCUCAGAUACAAAGCCCGUUUCCUUUAGGCACCAUCGGCUGCCUGCUGAGUGAUGUAUGUGCCCCAGGCCAGCAGUGUAAAGAUGAUCAGCUUUUUGGCAGCUGUGAGUCUCUACAAUACCGUGAGAUCUCCGAGGGAGAGUUUGAGUUCCGUCUGACAACACAUCAGCUAGAGCAGUUAGAAGAUCAAAUAUGGCUUCUCAUAAGGAAAGGGUUUACCUGGAAAGAUGCUUAUACACAGUGUUCUUUACAAAAUCUACUGCUAGCUUUUGCCCAGGGUGAAACAUUUGAUAGUCUUUGGUGCGAAGAAGCUUUAUCGCAACCUAACUCAUACUCUGAAAAUGUUAAAGAAGAAAUUGCAACAGUAUUACAAAAACUUAUGGACUUUCAAGAUGGCCACCGUCUCCAAGCAUCUGCUGAGGGACUAAGUCAGGCAGAUAUGGAUUCUCUCAUUCCAAGUUCUGAUAAGAGGGAUGAGUUUGUUAACAUUCACAAGUAUUUCGACGCUUCCAAAGGGCAGUAUAAACGUGACCCGUACAUGGAAGAAGAAACCAAUCCUCGAAACUACCUCACCCCUCUUGGGAUGUCUGAUACUUCAGGAGGUGAAAUGGCUUACCUUCAGGAUGUUCCUCAGCAGGAAUCACAGUCAGAAGAGGAUUCUUACAAAAUGGCUCAGUAUCUGUUGGCUCUGGAACGUAUGGCAGGAACCGGACAGGAGAAGGAACUGUCGGAGCAGGAUCUUGGACUUGGGGAUUACGGAACUCCUGACUACAUUGAGGAAACUGCCAGUCCAGAAACUAUCAUCAGUGAUGCCCCUGAUGUCUUGGGAACAGAACAAAUGAGUUAUCCCCCCAUGGAACCAGAAUCCCUAGGACCUCAGAUGGAUGCUGAAGGCAUGGACAAUAAUGCUCCUGCUAACGAAGCUACCAAGCUCCUUGAAAAUUCUGAUUCAGGAAAAGACGACAGCCUAGGGCUUGACUCCAGUGCAGAUGCUCCAGCUGAACCUGUCAGGGAAGAUUCGGAAAGUGUUCAGGGUGCAGAUAUCCUUUCAAUUUCACCACCGGAUGAGAAGACGCUGGAAGGUCUGCUUGAAGGGAACUUGAAGGCUAAGAACCUGGAGGAUCCCCAGCUACAGAGGCUCACCAAGUAUGUGGAGGCUAUGGUGGACACCCUCGACACAGAUCCGACAGACACAGAAGUUCUUGAGAAGGGAGGCGACUCUGAUGUCAUGAGCUCUCCUGUUCAGGAGGUUCCAGAAGUACCUAUCAGCCAAUCACAAGCCAUGAUAGCUCCACCAAUGGAAGAGUUCCCUGUUAAUAAGAAAGCAAUUGACCAAUCAGAAGUAGAAGAAACAGAAACUGAUGAAGAUGCAGAUCUCAAGAGAUCCAAUGUGGUGAAAACCCGCUAUGCUUAUGUGGAAGUGUCACAGCCGAUUACUCCGGCCCAAGCGACAGCAUUUGUGAUGAACCUGACCAAAGUCAUCGGUCUCAAUACAACCUUUGUUGAUGACAUACAAGUUGAAGAUGGUAAAGUGGUGUUCAAGGUGAAGGCCAACCCCUACAUGAAUGCAUCUGAUGUUGCCGAUAAAGCCAACAGCGAUGAGGUGAGAACGCAGCUGACCAAGCUGACUGGCUUUGAUUUGAAGAAUGCAGGGAUCGGAAAGGAGAACCAGGUGGCGCUGAAGAAAGACAACAAGUAUGUUGUUCUGACGUUCAUCCUGGUAGGAUCCAUUGCUGGCAUCCUCCUCGCUGUUGUCGUCAUCUACAUCAUCAAGCGCCACACCCGAUCCAAGGAAAAACUGGCUCAGCUAUCAACAACAGGCGAAGGGAACGAGGCAUCAAAGGACUACCAGGACUUAUGUCGUCAGCGUAUGCAGAGCAAGUCUUCCGAGAAGCCAGAGCCACUCCAUGCUGCCUCCCGGAUAGGCAGUGUGUCCGAGUCCCAGGUCCGUAGUCCUUCCAGUAGGAGCAGCACGUCCUCCUGGAGCGAGGAGCCAGUGGCAUCCAACAUGGACAUAUCGACAGGGCACAUCGUUCUGUCUUACAUGGAGGACCAUCUGAAGAACCAGGACCGCCUUGACCAGGAGUGGGAGGCACUGUGUGCGUAUGAGGCUGACCCCUGCGCCACUGCUGUCGCUGCCGACCCUUCCAACACUCGCAAGAACAGAUAUGGGGACAUCCUACCCUAUGACCACUCUCGUGUUGUCAUUUCGACUGCUGCAAAUGUCUCUGGAUCUGACUACAUCAAUGCAAACUUCAUCACUGACCAUGAUCCCCGCAACCCUGCAUUCAUCGCUACCCAGGGGCCCCUCCCGCACACCGUAGCCGACUUCUGGCAGAUGGUCUGGGAACAGGGCAGUGUGGUCAUCGUGAUGCUGUCCAAACUGACGGAGACCGGAACAGCCAUGUGUCAUCGCUAUUGGCCCGAGGAAGGAAGCGAUCUCUACCACAUCUAUGAGGUACACCUUGUGUCGGAGCACAUCUGGUGUGAUGACUACCUGGUUAGGAGCUUCUACCUGAAGAACCUGCAGACAAACGAGACUCGCACUGUCACCCAGUUCCACUUCCUCACCUGGCCCAACCUCUGCGUACCUGGAUCAAUCAAAGCCCUCCUGGACUUCCGCAGGAAGGUGAACAAGUCUUAUAGAGGUCGCUCCUGCCCCAUUGUGGUUCACUGCAGUGAUGGAUGUGGACGGACUGGAACCUAUUGCCUCAUCGACAUGGUCUUGAACAGAAUGGCUAAAGGUGCAAAGGAGAUAGACAUGGCUGCCACCCUUGAACACAUCCGUGACCAGAGGAUGGGUAUGGUGAAAACUAAGGAGCAGUUCCAAUUUUCCCUGGCAGCUGUCGCAGAAGAGGUGCAUGCAAUUCUGAAAGCCCUACCACAAUGAGUACUGAACACGUUACACGCAAAACUAAACUACCGACUCACAGACCAAGAUACAUAACUAUACCCACCAUGGUUUGUCAACAGAAUAGGUGCUGUUGUCCUAGUACCUGACACACUGAAAAAUGUCUUCAGUUAAAUCUCACCAGCAGGGUCGAGAACUGUGGUCAACACAAGAUGGGUGAGCUCCAUCAUCAAUGGGUAGACUGUAUUGAACAACGGGGUGCUGAACAGCCUGUUGUUUUUAUGACAAUUACGAGAAUUCUUGAAAUAUUCUCACCAAGUACUUAAGUGUUUUACAAGGUAGCACUCUUAUCUACUUAAAGCAGGUGAUCAUGUUAUUUUGAAAUCGACUGGUACUUUAGAUUCUCUAUAGAAAUUAUUUCCGUUUUUGAUGUCAAGAAAUAACUGAUUUAAUGUAAUAUUUCUUUCAACACUGAUCAAGGAGUUGGAGAUGAAAAAUAUCAACUAGAUGUAUCCUUAAUUUGUAGCCACCCCAUGCUUGAUGUUAUUGUUUUAAUAUUGUUAUCUAUUUUGGAUGUGUUGAACAACCCUGUAGGCAUCCCCCCAUGUCAUCAGCGGUCUAUACUAUUCAAGGUAUGUCAUGUCAAUCAGUGUCCGAUUGCAACAUCUCUCAUGUGGACUGUGUCAUGGUAAUCAGUAUCAUGUUAGUAUCAUCAUUCAAGUAUAUUAUUUAUUUUUGAAAUUUUAUUUUUAUUUAAAGUAUUUUAAGAUAAUUUACGAACAUUGGAAAAUUACCAAAUACAAAUGCAAGUGCAAUAUCUUUUGUUCAUGUACCAUUGUUUAUUAUUUUCAUUCCUCAGUAGUUUUUAGGAGUUUUCGAUUUUCUUUUUAGAGAUAUUCAACAUAUUGAGUAUCAAAAGUCUUGCACUCAAACAAUCAUUAAAUUUGAUAACGUGUUUUUGACAACUUUCAAGAUUCUGUGAAAAUAUAUUUUCCAUAAUGAUCUGAACUUUUCUUAUUUUUCUGAAAAUAGAGCAUUAUUUACUGUUGUUUCUCUGGUCGUUGAUGCAUUAUGAAAGUGAUAUCAAAUACAAGGAUAAGCAGAUUAACACUGCAAAGACAAAUCUGCAUAUACAUGAAAUUGAAACAUUUGGGUUUAUUCACAAAGACAAGAAAAAAUGUCAAAAUAUAUCAAAACAUAUGUGGAAGAUGAAACAACUCCUCAGUCAACUUUCCCACAACAAUGUCACCUGUUUCCCUUGCAAAUGGUUAUAAAGUAAUUAUUCUGUUGAUCCUCUUCAAGUAACGUAUGUUGUUCUGUUACGUUUUGUUACUCUAUGAAAUAAAUUUUGUGAUAAAAGGGAGACAACCCUUGUUUGACUAAUGAUGUAAAGGACUGUGACCUCUUUUCCACGCUGCUGUGAUCAUGUUGAAUUUCAAUAUAAUUUGACUUGGAUAUCUACUUUGAAAGGCUCUUCUCAAUGGAAAUACACAAUAUCCAUGAUAAUUAUAUUUUUGAAUUGUGAUAUAUACAUAUUAUAUAUAUAUUUAUUCUCAGAGUGUCUGAGCCUGUUGAUUUGAAGAAGUCUAUGUGUCUAUAACUCUAAUAUCUUUCACUAACUUUGAGCCCCUAAUUGUCAAACUGUUGUAGUCAUUGUCAUCUAGUGGGAUUGUUUUUGUGUAGACUUUUGUUGUCAAUAAAUGCUCACAAGCUGCAAAACUUGAA